AUGUCUAAUUACAGCGACUACGAGCGGUUCGUCCAUCAAAUGCAAACCUUCCGCGCAUCUGAUGAGGCCAGAGAGCAUUUCGUUAGCGAAAUUCUAGCAAAGUAUCAAGCCUUGUCUGAAGAACACGGCAAUUUGAAGAAUGAUUAUUUGAGUGAAAGGGAUAUCAGGCGAAACUACCAGAGAACCGUUGAAGAGAAACAGGGUUUGGUGGGGGAUUACGAACGUCAGCUUGAAGCGAGUUCGUUUGUAUUGGCACUUAUUGAUGGUGAUGGAGCUAUCUUUCAAGAUGCGUUACUUCAAGCCGCUGGUGGCGACGGUGGGUCGGAAGCUGCAUCACGAUUGUACCAUGCAAUGCGCGACCAUGUUGCUUCGCUCUACAACAAUUCCGGUAACUGGCCGAUUAUGGUCCAAGUCUAUCUAAGUCUCGAUAAGCUUUCACAAAAGCUGGCAUCGGUUGGCCUUCUUCGAAGUCCACAGGAAUUGCGAGUCUUUGCACAGCGCUUCAGCGUCAAUCAACCCUUAUUUAGUGUUAUCGACGUCGGUCACGGAAAGGAGAGGGCCGACCACAAGAUUAAGGAAAUGCUUCGCACCUUUAGCGACAAUCCCACCUGCCGUCACAUCAUCUUUGGUGGCUGCCAUGACGCAGGAUAUCUCCUAAAUCUCGAACACUUCAAACACAAUGCCGCCAAAGCCGGCCGGAUCACACUUCUGGAGACAACACCAGCUUACCGUGGAUUCACGGAUUUAGUCAACUUCAAACGCACUCGUUUCGACGACGUCUUCAGGAACGAGCCCCUGCCCGAUUAUACGCCCCCUACCAACGGCUUCGGUCAGUUGGCCGUGCAGUCGCCGGUGCAGCCUGUAGCACAGCCGCAGCCCCUCUCUCGUUCCGUCACAAACGACAACAAUACGUCGCCCACGUUCAUCUCGAGGGCCCCAGUGGUGUCUCCCUCGCCUAGCGUCACUCCGGUGUCAGCGGCCACACCUAGUGAAUCUAACGGCGACUCUUCGUGGGCCAUUGUGGGCAAAUCUGGUGCUCCUGAAAACGGCAACAUUUCCGUCGUACCGACUACAACUGCUACUAAGAAAAAUACUAAGAAGAAGUAUGCUUAUUACAACAAAGGUGGACAACGGCUUGACGAACCACUGCCACCAAAAGAUCCUUCCGCUGUAGCUUCGCUUGAAGCACGCAUGAAAAAAGUAGGCAAGAAGAUGUGUAAUCACUGGCACCUUGGCGGUCACUGCGAGAAUGGAAAGUUCUGUCACUUCCAGCAUGAGCCGAAGCUUACAACGGCUGAACUGAACGCUUUGCGCUAUAAAACACGCAGUUUGGCUUGUAAGAACCGCUACUGUGAAAACAUUGACUGCUAUCUCGGCCAUCAAUGCGCCCUCGAGCGCGAUCAAGGCUAUUGCUCAUUUCCUGACAACUGCCACCUCCGGGCUACGCAUGGUAUGGACAGGGUUAAGUAUGUCAGAUACGACAAAGAUGGUAAUGAGGAUUAUGCUCCUUAG